AAAAAAAAAAAGAAGAUAUCUUGAAAAAAAAGAAAAAAAAGAAAAAAGAUACAAGAUUUAUAAAAAAAAGGGACAUCAUAUUCAUCCAAGUAAGCCCUGAUUUGCAAAAGUACAAAGAGUUAUGCUAACGUUGGUUUUAUCUGUGUUAAAAUAGUAUGAUGAUGCCUCCUCAAAUGUCUAUGCAAAUGCCAUACCCAGGCAUGAACAUGAUGAUGGGUGGUGGCCCUGGGUUCAUUCCACGACCUACUGCCAAGGUCCAUAUCAAUCCCAAGUUUGCCGCCAUGCAGCAGCAAAAGCAGCAACAGCAAAAGCAGCAGCAACAGCAACAACAACAACAGCGAUUACAACAGUAUCAACACAUGCAACAGAUACAGAUGCUGCAACAGCAACAACAAUUCCAACAGCAACAGCAGCAACAACAAGGAUUCCGGCCACCCUCCAUGUCAACGACCGGAGACGUGACACAGGAUGAGAUCAACCGUCAACGCCAAUAUUUGCUUGAAUUGCAAAAGAAACGUCAAACUCAAAAGAACACUCCUACUACUACUACAACUACUACCACGGUUAGCAGCACAACAACAGCUGUGACGCGUGGAUCAUCUACAAACAACAGGAUGGAAUCAUCAUCAACGUCGCCAGUGGCACAAAAACAAAGAUUGGGUGGUAACGAGGACGAUAGAGGAAACCGUGACAACGAUGACCCUAAACCAUCCAUGACAAUUCGAGGUUUGGCCAACAAGGGGAUCACCAUCAAGGGUGCAGCAGCAGCAGCUACUCCUACUACUACCACUUUUGACCCACGUCAACGCAGUCCAGCAUCUUCAAGGGCAAGUGGUAACAUGGACCGAGCAUCAUCACAACAACAACAACAGUUAUCCAAAAGUAUCCUGGAUCGAAUCGCAUCUUCUUCUUUGGCGAAUACUGCAGUCAUGAGCCAUUUGAACGGUGCUAAUAGAAAACGACCCUCUCCAUCCUUUGAAAACCAACCCUCUGCAAAGCGAACUACUACUAACACAACAGACACGAUCCAAUUGCCAACAGCAGUCAUGGGUGGCAGUGGCCAUAAAUCAAACAAGUUGUUGAUAAAAAACUUGAGCGACUCGACGACGGAGGCAGACAUUCGACAGUUUGGUCAGUCUGUACCUGGAGGCAUAGCACACGUGGAACUGGGGAAACAGCAAGCAACAGUGACGCUCAUGGAUCCUGAAUCAGCCGUGUUGUUUCGUCGUAAAUAUAAUCGCACUGCUCUCAACGGAUCCCAUAUUGUCAUUUCAUUCUCUUGAAAAGAAUAAACUAUAUAAACAGCUCCCCUUCUUCCACACACACACACACACACUUCCUUUGCCUCUUUUUCUUUUAUAGUAAAUUAUAUAACAACGACAAUAAAAGACUUGUGCAUUAAGGAGAGAAAAACCAGGAUAAAAAUCCCG